AUGUGGGACGUGAUUAGGACUCGCGAGCUAUCCUGCUCUUCUGCGCACGUCAUGUCGGAGUUCAGCGCGUGCGCAGUGCUGAGUUUCCACGUCACCUAUGCCUCCGAAGGCGGUCUGAAUCUGCUGACGCCCAGUGCGCUGGACAAGAUCCACUCCAUCGAGAAUCAGAUAAGGGAUCUCCCUGCUUAUCCAGGUGGCACGGUGGCGGAUAGGGAACUCUGUUCGGACGUCAACCCUAAAAUGGAGCACAUGUGUUCCCACGGCGUUUCGUUCGCGAACCUCGUGUACCCUGCCGAGGGCAGCGAGUCUCAGGGCCAACAGCAGCUGCACCUCGACGGCAGCGGCUCGCGCGCCGUCACGCCGGCACUGGCGCUGGACUGGUCCGAGCUCUUCGGGGCCAGCGCUUACGUCCUGCCGAAGGACGUCACUGGCCAGCUCGACGCAGCUAACAUGAGCUCCGGGCCCUGCACAGACAGGGUCGUUGGCUGCCAUGGGCUGAAGGACGCGGGCCACUGCGGCGGGGCGCACGAGCUCUACAUGCGGGACUUCUGCGCGCGCGCCUGCGGUUUCUGCACGGACGCGCCCAGCGCCUCGGGCGAGGCGAAGAGCGUCACGAGCAUGCGAUCUCUCUUUAGUUUCGAGACUCGUGUGGGCGCUGCCAACGAUGCAACGGAGCUGAAGCGCGGCCGAGUGCGGAUCGACGAGCUGUUUGCGAGGUUCCUGGAGGAGAUGUCCUCCCUGGUCUCCCGCAACUCGCGCGUCGAAAUCGACCCCAACCAUUCAUUGAGGGUGUAUUGGUUCUGCAGCGAGUUGGUCACCCAUGACGCCAUGGCGGCCUUGCAGAAUGAUCUCAAAUGGGCCGGGUGCGCGUUCUUGUUCGUGGUGGUCUACGCUACCGUUCACACUGCAAGCAUACUCUACGCAUUGCUCGGUCUUCUUCUGGUGAUGCUGGCCAUUCCUGCUGCGGCAGCGAUAUUUUGCUUGGCGAGUGGCCUACCUAGCCUCUCGCUGCUCAUGUGCCUGUCCGUCUUCAUCAUCAUCGGGGUGGGCUCCGACAUGAUCUUCGUGUACACCGACUUCUGGAGGUACUCGUCCGAGUACUCCCUCGACCCCGAGGCCCGCUUGAAGUACGUGUACUCUCAGGCGGCCUCCUCCACUGCCGCCACGUCGUUCACGACGACCGCCUCUUUCUUGGCCAACCUGGCGAGCUCCCUCAGGGCCCUGCGCGAGUUCGGCUUCUUCAUGGGAGUCUGUGUCGCCAUGGCGUGGGCGGUAGUGCUUUUUGGUUACCCACCCAUCCUGAUCAUUGGUGACCGGUGUCAUCGGCGUCUGCGGCGGAAAGCCCUGCAAAGAACGACUUUCAUCGCUCAGUACGAUAAGGAUACUGAACCCUCGCUCCUGGACAGGCUGAGUAUCAUGAGUGCGGACAUGCUGAGCGAGAAUAAGACAGGAUUCAGCCAGGUAUGGUCUCAGAGCGCAGACGGCGCAGCAAGCUGGGUCCGCAGGUUGAGAUUUCUUAUUGUCUUGGGGGGGGCGGCCCUGCGGAUUCCUCGGCUGGACCGCGCUGACGCUCGGGCUGUCGGCCUCUCGGUUCGAGCAGGACUCCGAGCCCCCGCAGCUCUUCGACGGCGAGCACAACCUCGUCAGGUCACAGGAGUACGACGGGAAUUUCGAGGGCUACAACAGGGAGGUGUUCAGAGACGGUGCCCACCCCCUCAGGGACAUGACGAGGACCCGUUGUUUGGACCUCGCGUCGCAGUGCGACACCUACGAGUGCACCACCGUGGGUUGGCGCCAGGGCAACGUCACCAGUUGCAGCUGCCUGCCGCACGGCAGUUGGGUGCAGGAGGGCGUGUGCCCCAACGCCAUGCUGCAGCUCCUCGUGGUGGGGCCAGCUGGGCCUCUGCCCGAGGUGGGCCUGGGCGACGCGCUGGCGCUCGCUGCCCGGUGGUACCCCAACGCCACCGUGACGUGGGCAGGUCGUGGGCGGAGGUUGGACGCCAUGCACUGGGAGACCGGCGAGGGCUCCACGGGCAACGUACUGGUGCUGCCACGGCUGAACGUGCGGGGGAUUCCCACGGCCACGCUCACGGGCGAGGAGUGGUCGGCCGCCUGUAG